AUCGCGCAAACGUAAACAAGGAAGUAACUGAUUAAAUGUGAAUGAGUGAGACAAGCGCUCCGUUUUUUUUAAUCAAACCUUGCUGGUUUUUACCGUUUUUUUAUGCUUUACAUAUAUAUUCAUGUUCACAUUAAUUCCUGAUUAGUUAUUAUUCGUUUUAUUCCUCGAUUUUAACCAGAUUCAGGAACAAGACGCCCGGUUUAUGUGUUAUUUAUGACAUGUUACACUGGAGGCUUGGUUAUAAGUAAAUCUGCAAAGAUGCCAUCACCUGUGGAUGUUAUAGUGGUUGGAGCUGGCAACAGAGGAGAAAACUAUUCAGACUAUGCUUUGAUUUAUCCUGACCGUAUGCGGGUAGUUGGAAUUGCUGACCCAAGGGAUUUUGCUAGAAAGAAAAUUCAGGAGCAUCACAAAGUUGCCGAUGAAAACACGUAUGAUGAUUGGCGUUGUAUAGUGAAGAGAGAAAAGUUUGCAGAUGCUGUUUUGAUCUGCACUCCUGAUCGACUUCACAAGGACCCUGCUGUGGCUUUAGCUAAGAAAGGCUACAAUAUACUACUGGAGAAACCAAUGGCUGUUAAUGAAGACGACUGCUCAGAGAUUGUGGAGGCUUGCAUUCAAAGUAAAGUCAUGCUCACAGUGUGCCAUGUGCUCCGAUACGACCCUGUGAUUCACAAAAUAAAAGUGUUGAUUGACAGUGGAGUGGUUGGAGAUGUCAUCCACAUUCAACAUCUGGAACCGGUGGGAUUUUAUCAUUUUGCUCACUCCUUUGUCAGAGGGAACUGGAGGAAUGAGGCCGAAAGCUCUUUUGCUCUGUUAGCCAAAUCCUGCCAUGAUGUGGAUCUUAUUCAUCACUGGGCUGGUGGGCGAAGGUGCAUCAAGGUUUCAUCAUUUGGGUCCCUUAGCCACUUUAGAAAAGAGAGCAAGCCAGCAGGGGCUGCAAAUAGGUGUUUAGACUGUCCUGUAGAGGGUGAUUGUGCAUAUUCUGCAAAGAAAAUCUAUUUGGAUCGAGUGAAAAAAGGGAUUGUUGGCUGGCCAGUAUCAGUGAUUUGUUCCAACUCGGUUCCUGAUAUUGAAUCGGUGACUGAGGCCCUCAGAACCGGACCGUAUGGCCGCUGUGUAUACGAAUGUGAUAAUGAUGUUUGCUCAAAUCAGGUAGUAAACAUGGAAUUUGAAGGAGGCCUGACUGCGGCUUUAACCAUGGUGGCAUUUACAGAGGAGAUAUGUAAACGCAGAACAAGCAUUUAUGGUAGCAAGGGGGAACUGACCUAUGAUGGACAUGAGAUCAAAGUGUUUGACUUCCUCACUUCUAAGACCACGAAGCACACCGCAGACAUGACCGUUCCAGGUAACUUUGGCACAGGGGGUCACGGGUCUGCAGAUUAUCACCUGAUCAAUUCCUUCAUUUCAGCUCUGAUGCACAAGGACCCCACUAUGAUUAGAUCAGGACCUAAAGAGACAUUAGCAAGUCAUAAACUGGUGUUUGCAGCCGAACGUUCCCGUCUGGAGAGCAGAGUUGUGUUCUGUGAUGACCAGAGGAGCUGAUUGAGGACACUAAAUCUGCACUGUCAAGAUCAUUUUAGAUUAUUUUUAAUCACAUUCUUUUUGUUGCUAACAUUAUUUUUUUACAUCAGAUUUUUAGUGAUUUUAGAAAUGGACCAAAAGAAGUACAAUAACAGUAAGUCUUAAUUAUAUUAUGUAUGUUUAGUGUAACCUAAAAAAACUUGAAUGUAUUAAGUUGUAAAUAAUUAGUAUUUUAUUAAACCACUGAUAUCACUACUGUAGCCUAUAAGGGAAAAAACUAAAUAAUAUUUUAUAGUCAAUAGAGUCCUGCAAGAAUGACGUAUAUUACCUUGUUGGACAAAUUGUGUAACUGUCAUAAACUUGUGUUAAACACAGAGCUUAUUUUUUGCGAUAAUCCAAAAGUCUAUGGGGAAAAUAAAUAGGCUUUUUUGCAAGAGAACUAGUGUCCCAUUAACCUUCAGAUUGGCCUACAAAAUACGUAAUCCGUGUGGCACUCUAUUUAGUUUUAUCAUGACUUAUAAUCAGAGCUCUUUUAAUAUAAUUAAUAUUAUUUUAUUAUAUACUUAUUAGAUAAUCAUAACACUUUUUAUUGUUUAUUUAACAAUAAUAUUUUAUUUGGUGGCCGUCCAAAUUUAAAAAAUGUGAUUUACAAAUAAAAUGUACAAUUUAAUCUUUACAUUUUGUUACUCUUUGAUUGUUGUCUUUAAAUGGUAAAUAAUAAAGCAUAUUCAGAUCAUGCAAUAGACUGUGAAAUGACAUUGAUGUAGGUUGUCUGGGCAAUUCAUGCUAAUGUCAACCUUGUUAUGAAAAGUAAAGUUUUUACCCAAAGUUUUGAACCAUACUGAUAUCUCAGAUGUCUUUGAUCAAGUUUUAAAAGCAUUUUUUUCCAUAGUUAAAUGAGUGCAAAUUACAGAAUAAAUCAAAUUACAGAAUGUGUACACAAAUGUGUACAAUAAUUAAAAUAAAAUAAAUAUUAAAUGUUAAAGAGCCGUCCCUUCUCCAUGUGUUGGGUAUUAUUGCUUCUAGUUUGUGCCUUUGAAUUUACAGAAUUCUUACAAAGUAUGGUGUGUGCCAAAAACUCCUUUUCCUUUUUUGUCAUAUCCAUAUUGCAUGCAUGUUUCCCUCAUCUAAACUAGAAAAGUUGUAAAUUGACUAAUAUUUUUCUGUUGUCUAGUAAAAUAUAAAGCGAUGGUUCAAUAUA